AUGUACAAAAACGUGCAAGUCAAUCAUUAUAACAACGCUCCUAGUACAACUACUUCUUCUUCCUCUCCGUCACAUACGACAACCCAAAAGGCUACUAGCGUGCCUGUACAAAUAACUAGAGCCUUUUCUCCUUCUUCGCAUAGUAGCAAUAUUAGUGACAACGGUAUAUCGAUACCUGUUUCUUAUAAACCUUCAGAACAAAUCAUGUCGUCAACAUCUUCAUCAAAAUUAAAGUCCGAUGUUGACCAACUUGAUGAUCUUGUCAAAGAUUUACUAACUGAAGUAAAUCGACCAAUCAGUGAAUCGAAUAAUCAUCGAUACACAUAUCAACGUCAUUCAAAUAAUGAUCUGUCGAACUCAAGAGUAUCAUCAUCGUCAACACUGACCAAUCCGAAACGUUACGAUUUUGAAAAUCCGCAUAGUUCCAGAACAGUGCGAGAAGAACGCAUCAGAAUCAAACGUGGUGGUAGUAAUACUGAAAUUCCGAUCACAACAUCAUCAUCAUCUAUGGCAACAACAACUACAACCACUACGACGACGAAACCGCAAAUACCAUCGUCAGCCAUUGAUGAACAUCUUAUCGAUUCAUUAUUAGAAAGUGUUCAGAAUACAUUACAGAAGCGUGCUCAACGAAAUCAAUCAAAUUGGUCAACAGAUCUACCCAUACAUAAUCGACGAACUUAUAGUUCAAGUGCUUCUUACAAUACCGACUCGGUUCAUCGGAUGGAUCCCAAUCGAGGCCGAUUUCCUAUCAAACUUAAUCGAAACGAGAGUCCAACGAGUACAUUGUCAUCGAGACGAAAUUAUAAUCGAAAUGAUUCACGAGAUGGGUAUAUAUCAGGAUCAACGAAUACCAUUCCGGCACAUUUCCGUGCAACAUCAGAACCGCCACCGGAUGGUCCCAUUGAAUUACGUCGUAUGGACUUAAUUCGUUCACCUUCUCGUACAUACGUGGAUGCUAACCCACCAUACCCACACCCUCAAGAACAUUAUCAGUAUUCACGUUCAACAUUACCAUCAGGUGGUAUUCGCGUUCGUGGCGGUCAUGAUUAUUCGGGCUAUGAAACUGACACAGGUAUAACGACAUCUCGUGGUUAUGGACCACGAUAUUAUCGUCCACCACCUCCAUCACAACCCAUGUAUCCAUACUAUUAUCCACAACAUCCGCCUGAGUAUCAUCAUCGUCCGCCGUUUCGUCCCGAUGGUUAUGACACAGACAGUGGUUUAAUUAGUAGUGGCCGAUUGCGCAUGACACGCACACUAUCACCCCGCAUGGCUGUCAUACCAGAGACCGUUGUUGUCAAUAAUCGAAUGGUAUCAUCAUCAAAUCUGAAUCAGAUGCCAACUGAUUUACGCGGUAGUGCGUUUCUCAAUCAAAACAGUCGUUCGCAACAUCUCGCUGGUUACGAUACAGAUUCAAGUAUAAAUACGCGACAGCACUUUAAUGAAUAUCGCCAAGUACCUGUAGACAUCCAAUGUAGCGAUAGCGGUUGGGUAGGAAAUCAAUCAAUGUCACGAUCAAGUUCACAACAACCACAACAACAACGAUAUGUCGAUAAUCGUCAAACACAAGAGCAUAUACGUGCUACAUCCAUACCUGUUUAUACUCAACAAUCUGAACAGCAAAAAUAUAAACGAACAACAAGUGUAACACCAUCGCCAUCAUUAUCGACAACUAAAACAAGUAGAAAAGACAUUUCAAUAAUCCCGACAUAUUUUCCUGGUUCUGUGGGUCUGUCAAACCCAUUGAGUGAUCAUAAAUCUCAACAACAACAACAACUACUACUACCACAAGCACAGCAGCAGCAGCAUCAACAAAUAUCUGAGUCUGAAAUAACGCCUAAAGUUUCGAAUGACAAUAUUACAAAUCGAUCUACUCGACCACAUGGUGUUAUCAUUGAAAGUACUGUAAUUCAAUCAUCUGUUGAUUCUGCCGUAACAAAUCCACAAGUAGUCUCGAAUCCAUCUGAGAUUGCUCCUAAAUCAAAUGUGGAAAAUCAAGCCUCAACGGCGACGACGACGACAACAACAACAACAACAACGAAAAUCACGGGAGCAACACCGACGUUUCCAGCCAUCAAUCAAUCUUACAAUGCCAAUGUUCCAUCACGUGUUGGCAAUAGUUCGAUGCGCAAUACCGAGGAAACUGUACAACGAUCAAAUGUUUCUUCACCUUCAGAAACAGAUGCAACUCGUACAGCCGCGUAUCAAGCUCAUAAUGUUAGUCAAUUUUGGUACAAAGAACGACUCUCACGUGAAGAUGCAAUCAAUUUACUCAAAACAAAACCACCCGGAGCAUUUCUUAUUCGUGAUAGUCAAGGUUUUCCAGGUUCUUAUGGUUUAGCUGUUAAAGUUGAAAAACUACCGCCGGGUAUUCAAUCGAAACCAGGUGCAGAUCCAAAUGCUGAACUCGUUCGACAUUAUCUGAUCGAACGGACACCGUCGGGACAUGUUCGACUGAAAGGUUGUCCCAAUGAACCUGAUUUCGUAAAUCUUUCUGCAUUGGUGUAUCAACAUACAAUCGCUGCACUAGCAUUACCAACGAAACUCGUCUUACCGACGACCGACAUCGCCGAGGAUUAUCGUCCUGCCGCCAGUCAACACCACGAAGCAAAGAAGAUGUCUGUUAAAGAUUUACUUGAAAAAGGAGCCGCUUGUAAUGUUAUCUAUUUAAAUGAUGUGGAUGUUGAAUCGUUAUCCGGUCAAAUGGCUGUAGCAAAAGCAUUACGUAGCACAUUUGAUAAUGCUGAACGUUUACAAGCUACUAUUGUUAAUUUUAAAGUUUCAAAUACUGGCAUUACCUUAACUGACACGAAGAAAAAAAUCUUUUCACGACGUCAUUUUCCGAAAGAAUAUGUUACAUAUUGCGGAGCUGAUUAUGAAACCGAUCGUUUUUGGACGUAUCAAUUCAGUGAUCUUGACAUGUUACCACGAGCCAAAUGUUUUGGUUUCGUUUCGAAGAAAAUCAAUGGUGCAAAAUCUUCUCAGCCGGAAAAUGAAUGCCAUAUCUUUGCUGAACUUGAUCCAUCUCAGCCCGCUACUGCCAUUGUCAAUUUUGUAUCAAAAGUUAUGAUUGGCAGUGUACCCGUUUAA